AUGGGGAAGGGUUUGUUGCCAGACACUCACGAGCUCGCCGCCACAGCGGCGAGGUCGCUGGCAAUCGGAAAAUCCGACGUGGCACUCGUGGUUGGGGCAAGGCUAAACUGGCUUUUACAUUUCGGUGAGCCCCCAAAGUGGUCAAAUGACGUAAAGUUCAUCUUAGUUGAUAUAUGCAAGGAGGAAAUUGAGCUGAGAAAGCCAUGUUUAGGCUUAGUUGGGGAUGCAAAAGAGAUAUUGGAGAUGAUUAAUAAGGAGAUCGACAAAAACCCUUUCAGUCUGGGACAAUGUCAUCCAUGGGUUGAGGCUAUUUCCAAGAAAUCGAAGGAAAAUGUGUUGAAAAUGGAGGCGCAAUUGGCAAAGGAUGUUGUGCCGUUUAAUUUUCUAACACCUAUGAGGAUUAUAAGGGAUGCAAUUCUGGAAAUGGGUAGUCCAGCUCCUGUUUUGGUCUCCGAAGGGGCAAAUACUAUGGAUGUUGGAAGGGCUGUUUGA